CUUCUGGAUCACCUUUUUCUCGGCAAAGAGUCAGUCUAACAUUCAUCUGUAUUUGGACAUUCUUGUUCCUGUUUAUGGCAAGCACAUCAUGCACAGCUGAUACUACUGGUGGAUUGGUGAACGAUGACCGUCUGCCUCGUUUCCUGGAGCCAAUUCCGAACAAGACGGUGGUUGUAGGAAGGGACGUCAUACUUCCUUGCUCAGUGGAUAAUCUCAAAGGGUAUAAAGUUGCCUGGAUAUUCGUGGAGACCCAAACGAUCCUCACCAUACACCAUACCAUCAUCACUAAAAACCCAAGAUUUUCCUUGGCACGAAAUGACCAUAAACAUUGGUACUUAAGGAUCUCCGAUGUUCGUCCUAGUGACCGCGGAUUGUACAUGUGUCAGGUCAACUCGGAUCCAAUGAUGAGUCAAGUCGGUUAUCUUGAUGUGCAAGUUCCUCCAGACAUCAUAGACGAGGAGAGCAGCUCGGAGGUGGAUGUGAAGGAGGGGCAGGACGUGACCUUGGAGUGCCGUGCCCGGGGUUCGCCUAAACCGGUCAUAUCGUGGAAGAGGGAGGAUGGUGGCAAGAUCGAUAUUAAUAAUGGUAUCAAUUUGAAAGUGACGGACUCUGAGGUUCUUCACAUUCCAACUGUCUCCCGACUGCACAUGGGAGCUUACCUUUGCAUCGCCUCCAAUGACGUCCCUCCAUCAGUCUCAAAGCGAAUUCUGCUCCAGGUCCAGUUUCAGCCUGUCUUGUGGAUUCCGAACCAGCUUGUCGGCGUCGCAAGAGGAAUGGAUGUUACUCUUGAGUGCCACACCGAAGCUUUCCCUCGAUCAAUCAAUUACUGGACUGACGAAAAAGGCCAAAUGAUCCUCUCUAGCUCAGGCGGGAGGUUCGACAGCAUCGUAGCUGAGAACGGGUAUAAGGCCUACAUGCGUCUCAAGAUCAAAAACGUCCAGCCAGAAGAUUACAUGACCUACGGCUGCUAUGCAAAGAAUUCCUUCGGCGAAACCAACGGCAACGUCAAAGUGUACGAGAUUCCCCGUCAGAUGCUUAUCCCCCCGAACAAGGAAGAGGAAGAGGAAGAGGAGGACAAAGAAGAAAGGGUGCAAAAGGGGGAAAACCAGUCUCAGGUCGAGAUCUCCACAAAAAACUCCAGGAGGAAAGAGGAGAGCCGGAGCGAUCGACGGAGGGGCGAACGUAAAGAGGCCGAAUCCGAGAGCGACAUCAUCACCAAGAUCACUCCUGACGGAGUGAUUGAGUUCGAUGUUCAGAAGUUUCUUCGAAAGAACAAGAAGAAAGAUGCCAAGGAAGAAAAGGACGGGGAUCAGAAGACUCCAGCGCUCUCGUUCGGGCCCCACCCACCUGCCCUGCGGAACCCUCCCUCCUCCGCCUCUCCCCGCCGUCCUUCACUCUGGAGCUACGUCCUAGUGCUCAUCCUCUUGUGCGCCAGGGUGUGACAGCUGACAUAUGGUGGAUGUAACGCUGUUGUAACGUGUAUGUGAUGUGAAAUUCAGAUCAUUGUUUCGAAUAUAGUCUCUGAGUAUGUGCCAACAUGACACAUUUUAAGAAAAAGGGUCGAUGACGAGUUACAGUGGAAUGAAAUGAAGGAAUAAGACGGUGCUCCUUCGCUCACGAUCAAACAGUCACUGGUCAAUCAAUGGCUCUGGACAUGAAGGGCCGAGUCGUUCUACCUUUGGCUUGAUGUAUAUUUUGCAGACAAAGAAGUGUUUCUGAAUGCCUGAGUAUACACCAAGUGACAUAUCUGUAUAUUGAGUUGAAUAUAAAAUUCACUGAUCCCUGACAGUGGGAGAAGAAAGGCUUGAAAAUCUCUUUCUCGCUCCUCUUCACACUUCCUCUUUGGAUGGGAAACUUGAGAAGAGUUCGCUUCACUUCAUAAGAUGGUGUUGCGAAUAUGAUGAUGUUUGUGAUAUAGUGUCCUAAAUUAGCCGUAAACGCCUGUUGUAAUUAUGUCACCUAUGAUACCCUGAGCGUAUAUCUAUAGCACGUGCACAAUUUCGCCUUCGAUGAACCAGUUCAUGUUUUCCAUUCCUCUCGUCUUCACUGUGUUCAGUGUAUCCAUGAAAAUGAUUGUUAUUAUUGUCAUGAUUAGUUGAGUUACCUGAGAAUGAGUAUUGAGCAAUUUCAUAAUCAUAUCAUAGUCACGAUGCUUAUUAUAAGGAAAGGAAACUUGCCACUUUUUUUUAAAGGGAAAUAAUCUUUAUAAAGCACAAUCUUCAGGAUUACCAGAGAUGCAGUCAAGCACAUAUAGUCUACAGUUUUCCCGCCCAGACCUAUAGCUAUUAUCGAACGCGGUCAUAAAGAGGCCUCGUCUGCUUCUCUUUUGAAGGAAUAAGUCUUCCUUUAUUGGUGACUGCUCCCAUAGUUUCAUUCAUUAUCUUUGUUAUUCCCAUCAUGUCCUUUAUUUUCAGAUGUUAUUAUUAUUAUUAUUAUUAUUAUUAUUAUUAUUAUUAUUAUUAUUAUUAUUAUUCGUGCGGUAGUUAUGUCUUAUUAAAGGCUACUGCUGGUUCUCGAUUGUAACACGAGUUGAUCAAGAGAUGACCGAAAGGAGUUUCUGCUUUCUCAAGAAAGACUGUUGAGAAUCUAAAGGAAUAAUGCAAAAACAAAAAAGGGAAAUGGACUGAACUUACGAUGAAAUAUAUUCAACGUCGAAAACACGAAAAGCGUAGCUGAGCAGAGAGCAAAUGGCCUUGGGAAUGAGGUAAGAUCUCAGGCAGGCAAGUGUUAUUCACUUCUGCCCCUCUUAGGAGUGUAAACAUCAAAA